CAAGAAAUAGAAAGGGUUUUUGAUUAAAAAAAUGGAGAUUUUAAGUUUUAAAAAAAUAGUGAUGAUGAUGAUAACUAUGAUGUUGGUAAACAUGGCGAAAUCAGAGCUUCACUACGUUGGAGGCAACAAGACAACUUGGGCAGCCAAUGUUAACUUCACAGAAUGGUCAAGUAGUGAGCACUUCCAUUUGAUGGAUUGGAUUUACUUUGGAUAUGAAAGGCACGAGUACAGUGUACUAGAGGUGAACAAGACUAGUUAUGAGAACUGCAUAGAGAAAGGAUUUAUUCAAAACGUAUCAAGGGGUGCAGGAAGAGAUGUGUUUCAACUAACAGAGUUCAAGACUUACUACUUCUUAAGUGGAGGAGGCCAUUGUUGGGAUGGGGUGAAGGUUGCUAUAACUGUUACUGAGGGUGUUGCUUCACCAACUCCUGCACCUUCACCAAAAACUGGUGCUCCAACACCUUCACCACAAAGUGAUGUUCCAGCAACUUCACCAAAAAGUGGUGCUCCAGCACCUUCACCAAAAACUAGUUCUGCUUCAGAUGACAAUCGGGUCAACCAGAUGCUUUUGGUGUUCAUCUUUGUCUUGAUUUGUGGUAUCUCUUCAAAUAACAUCAGUUACUAGAAUGGUAUAGACCACAAGUAUAUCUACCAUAGUUUCUGCUGUAGUUGUUGUCUUUAUUUUGCUUUAAGUAAUGGUAAGCUGAACUAUGAAAUCCAAGGUGUCUUUUAACUUUAUUAAUAAGUGGUUUGCACUUGCUACUAUUCUUGAUAGUUUUGUUGUCAAACAUUGUGACUUAAUAAUACUUAAGAGAAAAAGGGGAG